AUGUACAAAUAUAUUUUCGCUAUUUUACUUUUAUCUACUGCUGCCGCUAGAUCCCAGGCUCUAUUGUGUCCUGUAACCACAUCACCUUCUUAUUGCCCAUUAUAUAUUGUCAAUGCUGAUAGUAUUCCAAGUGCUGCUGCUGUUUAUCCACCAAGCCAAAUUGUAAAUCAAGUUCAACAUAUGAAUACCUUUGCCGCUUCUUUUGGUUCUGCUUUAGAUUUAUUAGCUGGUGUAACAGACCCAAUUUUCAAUGGAUCAGAACUCAUUUCCGAGGUAGAGCAAUACGCAAUUGGUGUCAGAUCAGCUGUAAAUAACGGUGUUAAUACCUGGACUAGUGUUCUAAAUACCUUCUUCCAAAUGGAUGUCAUUGGUCCAACUAACAAAUACAGAACCGCUUUUACCUCCAUCACUGCUAUUAAAACACCAUUCCAACCAUUAUUCACCAAUGGUGUUGCUUUCUACCAAAGGGUUUUAGCUUCGAAAAUAGUUUCGCUGGUAGAUACCAUCGAUCUCUCUGAUUACUAUUUAGAAGGUAGCUGCACCAUUGAUGAAGCCAGAGAAGUACUCAUUACAAACAACAGACAAAUUCUUAGACCAGCUUAUGACUUUUAUUUAGCUCUUGAUACUGUAAAUCAAUUAAAUAUCUAA